AUGCUUACGGCUGGCGAUGCCACCGUCAGGCGUCUCGCCUGGGAAUCACUGACGGGGGUGGUUCAGCGCAGGACCGGCCACGCCCCUGAUUGCGAGACGAUCGCCGCCUUCCUUUCUGGCUCGCAGGAAGGAAGGCUGAGGGGCGGGGGGGAGGAAUCCCUCUGGUCGAGGGCGCGGAAUGCCGCGCGAAGGCUGUCCGGGCGGUUGUCUCUGCGGUGGCGGUGGGUGCCGGAGACCGAGGAGAUGAUCGUCGAGUGCCGAGGACCCAGAGGUGCCGCGGUUAAGAUCCCACCUGGAGCGCGUAACCAGGUGGUGAAUCGGUUGCGCUCAGCUGUAGCCGAGCACUACGCGGAGCGAUUGCUCAAUAAACCCGACCAAGGUAAGGUCUUCGAGGUGUCGUCGCGAAUGCCAGUGAGCAAUCACUUCGUUCGCGGCGGCAGCUUCACCCGCUUCGCCGACUGGCGCUUUAUACAUCGAGCGCGUCUCGAUGUCCUUCCCCUCAACGGCGCGCGGCGUUGGGGGGACGGCGAUAAGCGCUGUCGGCGAUGCGGGGAGGUAUCGGAGACCUUACCACAUGUGCUCGGUCAUUGCGGCGUCCAUGCUGCCGCGAUACAGCUGAGGCACAAUGCCGUAUUGCACCGCCUCUGGAAGGCUUGCCGUCUGCCUGGCGACAAACGGGUCAACCAGCGGAUUGAGGGCAUCGACGGGGAACUUGGCGAGCUACGACCUGAUCUCGUGGUCAGGCACGAGCUCUCCAAGAGUGUCGUCAUAUGCGACGUCACG